AUGAUGUUCAUCAAGCCUAUCGUCGCCGCAGCUGUUCUCUCAGUCUCUGUCGUAACAGCAGCACCUGCCGAUCUCUCUGCCAGACAGGACAACCGGCAAAUCUCGCUUUGCAUCGACCCUAACCGAUCUGACUGCUGGGACUUCACUUGGACCGCAGGCCGCUGCAGUGAUCUGAGCUCGAAUUUAGAUGAUAAGAUAACCAGUAUUGAUACUCGGGACGUCUCAUGCCAGUUCUAUAGGGACCACGGGUGUUCUGGCCCUUAUUUCACUUAUGACGGUAUCCAUUGUGAGAUUGGUAUUCACAGUAUUGGUCGUCUAAGUCCUAUCCAAACUGAUUUCAGUAUGGCCACCGAGAAAGCAACGGCUGUUCAAAAGGAUGUCAUUCUGCUGGACUCUGGGGGCCACGGCACUUUAGAAAUACUGAAGGUCGUCAAAAUCUUCGAUGAUGCUGGUGUCACCUGA